AUGAAAUACCAACUCCGUCCGGCCAUCCCCUCCGACGCAAAAACCCUAACAGAAAUCUACCUCUCCGCCUUCACCAACGACGCGAUCUCCCUAAAAUGUUUCCCCCGCACCCUCCCCACAACCCAGACAUGGUGGUACAACAGCAUGCUCAGCGAAAUCCAAGACCCCUCAUCCCAUUUCAUAUGCAUAUACGACUCCUUCUCCCCAACCCAAGAAAUCAUCUCCUUCGCAAAAUGGAACGAUAGUUCCGCGCCAGUAGCCACAAAGAAUGGCUUACCCCAAUGGCCCCAAGGUUGUAACGUGGACCUCGCAAAUCAUUUUUUCGGAACGUUGAUUCAGAGACGGAGAGAUAUUAUGAGAGAGAGGAAACAUUGGUAUUUAGAACUUAUUGCUACGAAGCCCGAGUGGCAGCGGAAAGGGGCGGCGGGAAGUUUGAUUAGAUGGGGAUUGGAGAGGGCGGAUGAGGAGGGCGUGGAGACGUAUUUGGAGGCUAGUCCCGUAGGGAAGGGGCUCUAUGAGUAUUUUGGUUUUGAGGAAAGGGGGAGACUGGUGAUUCCUGUGGUGGAUGGGGAAGAUUUCGUGGAGUGUAUGAUGGUUAGGACUGGGAGGGGAGAGAUGGCGUGA